CCGCGUUGACACUUGCUUGUAAGUUUCAAACUUUUCCACAUACCCCCACACUCACACGCGCACACUCCUCUUCCUUCUUUGAUUCCCUUGUCUUUCUCUCUUCUCUCUCUUUCUUUCAUUCUCAUCCUCUUUUCUUAAUUUCUAUAUCUUUUCAUACAUCUUCUUAUAUCUGUGGCUCUUCCUCUAAUGGAGAGAGUGCCUCAGUGGAGCCAUGAGGAGACACUGGAGUUGCUGAAGAUAAGGGCAGAGAUGGAUAAGAGUUUUAUGGAGACAAAGAGGAAUAAGGUUUUGUGGGAGACUGUGUCUAUGCGUAUGAGGUUGCUUGCCUUUCCUCGCACUGCUGAACAGUGCAAGUCUAAGUGGAAAAACCUUCUCACCCGUUUCAAGGGAAGUGAGGCUAUGGAAGGGGAGGUUGGCAGGCAGUUUCCUUUUCAUGAAGAGAUGCAGAGGAUAUUCUCUGAAAGGAUGAUGAUGAGAUUGGAUAAUCAUGAAGGGAAAGGGAAAGAGGUGGUGGAGAAUGAGUCUAGUGAUGAUGAUGAUCAUGAUCAUGAUCAUGAGGAGUAUUAUGAUCAAGAGAAUGAAAAUAAAAAGGAGGAGGAGGAGAAGAAGAAGAAGAAAAAGAAGAGGAAGAAGAGGAGGAGAAAGAAUGGAGAUGAUGAAGUGGUAGAGGUUUUGAAGGAGAUUUUGAGAAGACAAAGGGAGAUGGAAGAGAGGUGGAUGAAGGAGUUGGAAGAAAGAGAGGAGGAAAGGAGAGUGUGGGAAGAGGAUUGGAAGAGAACAAUGGAGGAGUUGUUGGUUGAGAGGAUGGAGAUGGAAAGGAGGUGGAGAGAAAGGGAGGAGGAAAGGAAGGCAAGAGACGAAGCCAUGGCCGAUCGCCGGCAUUCCCUUCUCACUGCCAUCCUCACCAAGCUCUCAGAGAAGCUUUAAAGUUAGAGUUAGCUUUACAGUUAGUGUUAGGGUUAGGGUUUCCACUUCCUCUACCCUUGAAGACAACAAGUGUACUAGUGCUGCAUGAAGAUAGUGAUAGCUCACAAAGUGACAUGAUUCCUAUUCAUAAGAAGGUUGUGCAAGGAGACUCAACAAUGAAUGGAUAGGCAAGUGUGCAAUUGGAGAAGCAAGAAUCAUCUGGUUUCUGAAAAUUUUCUGGAUUGUUAUUGUUUUGUUUUGUCUUUAAACACUUAAUUAAUUAAUUAGCACUCUGAUUAAUUAAUUACUUUUGCUGAGGUUUAUGUUAAUGAUUCAGGUGAAAAUUAGAGGAUGCUGGCAAAUUUGGCUGCAAGUAUAACAAGGAAUAUUAAGGUUUGUAGAUUUUAGAAAGCUUGGCAGCAAUUAAUAAAAAUUUCUUCCUUGUUUCUUGUUUGGUAAAUCCAAUCAAUACUGUAAAAUUAAAAUUAACAAAUUCAGAUAUGGCAUCUGAAACUAGGAAAACUUUAUUUGAAUCAAGUGUUUGUGACUUAUAAUUUAUAGAUUAUAUAUAUACAUGUUCUCAGUUACACAUGCAUUAAGAAAUAUUUAUACCUACUCUUAAAAUUAAUAAGAGAGAACUUUUCAUGGUGCCUUGAAAUUAUACAUCAAAUCUUGUUAGUAGUUCUUAUCUGAAUGAAAUGGGCCGUAUAAAGGGCUCAUAGUUGGGCCUGAGGUUGGCUGUCUCUGUUGUAUCUAUCUAUCAAACUAUCUCAAUAAGUAAUUAACUUAAUUAUUUUUAUGAUAAAGAUCAUGAUUUUUUAGAGCCUAGAGUAGAAUUCUAAUCCCUGCUAAGUCAAUCUAAUGCUUAGAUUAUUCAAAAGCACAAAUGCAAAGGGUGCAAUAUACAUACCUCAACUUAGGGAUGAAUUUAUGGUGUUUGAUAGGAAUGCUGGGUAGAAGGAUGAUUGUUUAUUAAAAUAAAUUAGUGUAAGUUAAAUUUUGCUAAACUCAAUUAAAGAUAUGUUCUGUAUUUUAUUUGUAACUAAAAAAAAAAUUAAUAAGCUAUUUAUAAAGUGCCGUUACUUUACAAGUUUGAUGAGUUUGAAGUGUUUAGCAUAAUAUUUC